AUGACUGCGAUGAUGGACCAUCCACAUAUCGUCUACUACGUCGGUGUCGCGUGGGACUCGCUAUCCGAUCUCUGCGUCGUUCUCGAGUUCAUGGACGGAGGAGACUUGCGAACACUCUUGAACAAAUACGAAGCCGAGCAUCAUCCUGUCGGGAUCGACAGACAGAAAGCCACCAUCGCGCUUCACAUCUGCCACGCGCUCACAUACCUGCACUCGUUAUCAUCGCCUGUUAUUCAUCGAGAUCUCAAGUCGCGCAACGUUUUAUUGGACCAGUCGAUGACGGCAAAGCUGACGGAUUUCGGGAUUUCACGCGAACGACUUGACAGAACCAUGACGGCAGGUGUCGGGACUUCAUUGUGGAUGGCCCCUGAGGUGAUGCUGGGGGAACGAUACGGCGUGAAGGCCGAUAUUUUCUCACUUGGAGUUGUCUUGUCGGAGCUGGAUGUUCACUCGCUGCCCUACGCACGAGUAAAGCAGCAAAGUCGCGAGACGAAGGGUCGUGAACUGGGCGACGCCACGCUUCUGCAGCGAGUCUGGGAAGUGCGUGUGUGUCACUAG